UGAAGCACAAGAGCUACAGCUGACUAGGGAUCAAGACGCUCCUUUACAAAACUCGUGCCGAUGAGUAUUUUAGCAAACUUGAGCAAGCAGAGGUUACUGUACUCAAAGCUACUCGAGCAGAACAAUUUGCUAAAGUGCAAGCUCAGGAGGCGGAAGACACCUGCGCACGGAUAAUGUCCGAGCGCAAAGAGAUGGACAGCCUUGUAGAAGAUCUGCAGCGACAAACGCAGUCCCUAGAGGCGAGAAUGGAGGAUCAAGCAGCGGAACUACAAGGUGCACUACAAUCGAAGCAACGUCUUCAAAAUGAGCUUGAUGACUAUAGGAAUCAACGCGCCAUAGAUAUUGAGGAUAAGGAGACUUCUAUGGAGCAAACCCGUCAAAAGUACCAAAGGGAAUUCUCUACCCUCACUAAUGAACUCGAGAUGGAGCGGGAAAAGAUCUUGAAGGUCCGCAGUGAGAACUCCCGCCUUCGAGAAGAGCUUGAAGAUCUCCGCAGUAAAUGGGACAAUGAGGUAUUGAAUAGCUCGACAUGGGCCAAGGAGAAAUCUCGAAUGGAGGUCAUGCUCCAGGACGUGACGACAUCUCGGGAUGACGCCGUCAACGCCCACAAUGAAGCCCAAAGUCGGGUCGUAACUCUUCUAUCGCAGGUGAGAGACUUGCGAACCUCAGUUGAUGACGUCACUGCAGAACGAGAUAUGUUGCUUAAGGAGAAGAAGAUGCUGGAAGUACGCCUGACUGAAGCUGGGGAGAGAUUAGAGGAACUCGCCAAGGGAGAAAGUCCAUCUAUGCGCAACGCCGCAAGCAUGGGCCGUGAACUUCUUGAACUCAAAUCUAAGCUUGCCCAGCAAGAGGAUGUUUCUGCUGCUGCCGUUGGGAAAAUGAGACGGGCAGACGCUCUUGUGACAGAAAUCCAGAAGGAAAUCACCGCGGAAAGAGAGGCAAACGCCCAGCUCUUCAAGGAUAAAGCUGCUUUGGAGAAGCAACUGAAAGAAUCACAGCUGCGCUGUGUAGAUCUGGAAACGAAGAGCUAUUCGUCAGGUAGCCAAGACGUCAAAUUCCUGCACAAGAGAAUCAAAGAUCUGGAGGCCCACCUCGAGGAGCAGGAGUCUAAACAUAGCUCAGAGCAGCGUUCCCUUCGGAACGUUGAUCGUACUGUCAAAGAUCUCCAGUCUCAAAUAGAGCGACGGGAUAGAAUGAACGCGCAACUUACUGACGAUGUCAACAAGUCGCGCGAUAAGAUUGAGCGUUUACUCAGAAACAUUGAGCAGCUCCAGCACAACGAUACAGAUACGCAAUUCCAAGUGCGUCGGGUGGAACGUGAGCUUCGAGAAGAGAAAGAAAAAUCAUUGCGGCUAGAGCGCGAAUUACAAGGGUGGAAAUCUCUUCGAGUUGAACGAGGACGCGGUCAUGUCACUUUCAAUGACGUUGGAAGCAGAAAGGGUAGCAGUGGGGUUUCCUCCGGGGCCAUACCACAAAGAAUGCCUAGCAACACCAAAGGCUUCUUAUAAACAAAAUAAUGACCAAGCAGGUUGAUCCUGCUGAGCACCGCC